AUGCAGUCUUCCAUGGAUGAAUCUGAAGAAACAGUUUGUAGCCCUGUAGAGGCACAUGAUGAACACUUCACAAGGCAGAUACCAGACAUGGGCAGCAUUGUCAAGCCUAAAGCAACAAAUGUUACUGAAGACUUUGCAGUUACAGAAAAGAAAGAGGAAGUAACCCAGGAACUUACUGGAGUCACACAUAAGAUUUAUAUAAUAGAGGAGCAAAAGAGAACUUGUACCAAGAAAUGUAAAGAAUUUGAUAGUGAAAUUAAACAGUUAGUUAUAGAAUCUGAAAAAGAAAGAAAUGGUAUUAAUGAUUUAAAAGGAGAUAUAGAAGAAAAUAAUAGACAAUAUGCCAAGUACAAAGAAAAGAUAAUAAGACAUAAACAAGUUGUGGCAGAGUUUGAAGCUAAUCUUGAGGUACACGAAGAACUCCAGCAAAUCAAAGAAGAAAUUAAAGAACUACAAAAUGAAUGUGACAAAAGGCAGAGGAACAAGUGUGAUACAGAGAAGUUAUUAUCUGGUCAAGUAGAAAACAAAAUAAAAGAACAUAUUUUAAGAGUCCAGAAUGAUGUAGAACAGUUAAAGCUUUUACUACAGGAAACAAGAGAACAGAUUCAAAAAGAGAAAGAAAAGCAAAGUCAAGCACAUGUUUCCUUAAAUGUUCUUCAUAAAAAGAACACAGCACAGUUGACAAGACUUAAGAAACAAGUUAAGGCUGCACAACAAAGUAGUCGACAGUGGCAUGAUCAGAUUUCUCUACUUCAGAAAACUAUAGCUGAGUUAAACAAUAGACUGGGACAAUAGUCAUGUGUCUUAUCUUACAAUGUCAUCGUGAAGUAAAACAAAGAUGAAAUAAGAAUUUCUGCUAGAAUCAUCCUUGGUAGAAAUGAAAAUCAAAAAUAUUUUCUGAUGCCGAAACUUUGGUGAAAACACAAAUUGGAUUACGUUAGAAAUUACCAUUUUAUUGUGAUGAAGCAGCAGUGAUAUUAAUUACCUAUCGAUUAUAAGAUCACAAUUAUUUAUAUGACUCAAUAUAAUAUUUUUUGUCAGUUGUGAUUUUGG